AUGUCAUGUAUGCAGAAAUUUCCAGAAAUUGGCCAACUCCCACAACUUUCGUCCGAGUUGUGUGCUGCAUUGCAUGUUGUCGGGCCACCUUCUUCGUUUGCAACCAUUGCAAUUGCGAAAACAUUGCUGGCAAAAUAUGGCGAUUUGCUGGAAAAGAAGGAGGCGAUGGAAAGCGUCGACGAAUCCCAUCAUGUAGAUAAUGGCCAUGAUAGAGACGAAAGAAGUGAUAACGCCAAGGUGGGAUACAUCAAAAACGGUAGCAAAGGUACCACGCGCAUUUUUGAAUAA